CAGAACUAUUUCUAGUAACUGAAUUUGGUGAAUUCAAUACUCUUCUCUCUCAAUAUGAAUACCGAUUUGAAAGCCUUGGAAUUGUUGUUCCAACGUCCUUUGGAGCCGGUGUUCACCACACGUGACAAUGGCAAGACCGUCUUCGAUCUGCCUGAAAGCGUCUACACGGAUCGCUAUCGCAACAACACCGAGGAGGUCUCGAAUCGUUUUAGCCAGAAUGUGGAGACGCGCAUUCCCAUUCGAGAAGUGGCUAGAAAGCCAAAUCUUGAAUUCGCCAGCAAGCUGGGCCGCAAGCAGCAGUUCUCGCUCUUCAUCAACAAGCAUAAGGAAAUUGCCAGCCAGCUGAUUCAACUGUUCCUGGAUGCGCCCAAUUUGCAGCAGUUCGUGGCACUGGCUGCCUAUACUAAGGAUCGCGUCAAUCCUGUGCUCUUCCAGUACAGCUACGCGGUGGCCAUUGCCCAUCGCCCGGACACGCGCACUGUGCCCAUUCCCAACAUUUCGCAGGUCUUCCCCAGCAACUUUAUUGAGCCUUCCGUCUUCCAGGAUGCCCGCCAGGAGGCUUCGGUGAUUGCCAAGAGCGGUAAUCGUACCGUUUUGGAGAUACCCGCCAAUUAUACGGCCUCGGAUCGCGAGGAUGAGCAGCAUUUGGCCUAUUUCCGUGAGGAUAUUGGCGUCAAUAGCCAUCACUGGCAUUGGCAUUUGGUCUAUCCGGCCAGCGGGCCCAUGGAGAUUGUCAACAAGGAUCGUCGCGGCGAGCUCUUCUACUACAUGCAUCAUCAACUGCUCGCACGCUACAAUGUCGAGCGGUUCUGCAACCGUCUGAAGCGCACCAUACCGCUCUCUAAUCUACGCGAGGAAAUACCCGAGGGCUAUUUCCCCAAGAUUCUCUCGAGCAUCAACAAUCGCACCUAUCCGGCACGCAUCUCCAAGCAGCAGCUUAGCGAUGUCGCUCGUCCCGAUGGCAACAUUGAGAUUUCCGAGCUGGAGCGUUGGCGCGAUCGUAUUCUUGCCGCCAUUGACCAAGGCUACGUUGAGGAUACGCAAGGCAAUCGCAUUCCCCUGGACGAAGUGCGAGGCAUUGAUAUACUGGGCAACAUCAUCGAGGCGUGCAACACACUCUCCGUGAACAACCAGUUCUAUGGCAAUUUGCAUAAUCAGGGCCACACCAUCAUCUCCUUCGCCCAUGAUCCCGAUUACAGGCACUUGGAGGACUUUGGCGUAAUGGGCGACGUGACGACGGCUAUGCGUGAUCCCAUUUUCUAUAGAUGGCACGGAUUCAUCGAUACCAUUUUCAACAAGCACAAGACCUUAUUGCCCGUCUAUAAUAACACCCAAUUGGGCUUUGAGGGCAUCAAUGUGACCUAUGUGGAGGCACGCUUGGGCGCCGCUAAUGCCCGUCCAAAUACUCUGCUCACCUAUUGGCAAAGAUCUUCAGCCAAUUUGGCCGCCGGCUUGGACUUUGGACCCGUUGAGGAUGAGAACAUUACGGCCACAUUUAGGCAUCUACAGAACGCACCCUACACCUACACGUUCAACGUGACCAAUUCGGGUCCCAGGCGCUCCGGCACUUGCCGCAUCUUCAUCUGCCCCAAGACCGAUGAACGCAACCAGCCGUUGCGUCUCGAGGAGCAACGCUUGUUGGCCAUUGAAAUGGAUAAAUUUACAGUGGAAUUGAUGCCCGGUGAGAAUACCAUACGUCGUGAAUCGACAGAUUCCUCGGUGGCCAUACCAUUUGAGCGUUCGUUCCGUGCCGUUGGGGCCAGCUAUCAGCCAACCGCAGCGGAUGACCUGGCACGUUUCCGUUUCUGUGGCUGUGGAUGGCCGCAGCAUCUGCUGCUGCCCAAGGGCAAGCCCGAGGGCAUGCAAUUCGAUUUGUUUGUCAUGAUUUCGGACUACACCCAGGAUGCGGUGCAGCAGCUAAGCAACACGCCAAACGAUGCCUGCAGCACGGCCUACUCAUUCUGCGGCCUCAAGGACAAACUGUAUCCGGACAAACGCACCAUGGGCUUCCCCUUCGACAGGCGUCUGCCCAACGAUACGCUGAAUGAGCUUGUGGGCGCCUUCAGCAACAUGGCCAAAACUGACAUCACCAUUAAGUUCAAUGAUCGCGUUAUUGGCUAAAGAUUAUGAGGAUCAACAGCCAAAGCGA